CCUCCGGACAAUACUUAAGGCAUCCAUUCCUCUUACCAUAACUAACCUCUAUAUGUCUACCAGCAUCCAUAACAACUUCACAUCAACAUGACCCUAACCAAAGACGACCAACUCCUCCAAGCCGCCUCAACCGGCAACAACCACCACCCCACCACCCUCCUAACCACGCACACCCCCUCCCCAGCCCUCAUCCAACAAAUGCUCACCGAAGCAAUCUACCCAAACGCCCACCUCCCCAUCCUAACAACCCUCUUCACCCACUUUCCUCAAGCCCCCAUUUCCGAAGAACCAAUCCGCUCCUCCUGCUACCAAGGCUCAAUCCCCAUAUCCUCUGCACUCGCUGCCCAAGACCCGCAUACCUACACAGGAAGCUUCGACGACGAAAAAGGAACGCCGAUGGUCCUCGCGGUGCAGAGUCGGCAGUCGUACGAGUUUCUGUCGUUUUUGUUGGCGAACGGGGCGGAUCCGUAUUUGCAUCAUGGAAGGUUUGCACCGAUUUUUCCGGCGGCUGUUAUUAUAUAUCGGGGAGCUUCGGAUGCGGUUGCUGCGUUGGGGGAUUGGAAGGUUGAUUUGAGGGGGAGGAAUUUGCUAGUGAGUGCUGUUGGGCGUGGAUAUGGGGGGUUGGCGAGGUAUUUGUUGGGGCGGGGGGUUAGGCCGGAGAAUGAUAUAGCAGAGGAUAACGAGAGUACCACGCCGGUUUUACAUUUGGCGGCGAGGGAUGGUGAUGUUGAUAUGGUGAGACUUCUUUUGGAGUAUGGGGUGGCGGAUAUCAAGGAUGAUAAAGGUACGACAGCAGUUGAAGUUGCUGAGGAAAUGCAGUACUUGCACAUUGCACAGUUGCUAAGAGCAUAGAAUAGGAUAGGGGAUAGGGUAUCCAUAGAAAGACACGAGAGCCAUAAAAUCAAUAUCCAUUCUGUACCAUAAGUAAAUAACACAG